GCUUCUCCAAAACCUCCGACUCCAAAACCCUUCUCUUUCUCAUCUCCUUAACCAGACAACAAUGGAGGACGAUAAACCCGAACAAGACCAAGAGCUCGACCAAGAUCACACUGACUCAUUCAACGAUGCCUCCGACAUUUGCCAACAACUCAUGGACCGUUACGCAAAGUCCACGGCCGCACAGCAUCGCCACCUCCUCGCUACAGCCGCCGCCAUGCGUUCCAUUCUCACCGCCGAAUCUCUUCCACUCACUUCUCCGGCUUACUUUGCCGCUGUCAUUACUGCUAUUGAUGACGCUUCCUCUGCUUCCUCACAGUCCUUGGACCCCACCGCUGUAGCUGCGCUUCUAGCUUUUCUCGCGAUUGUUCUCCCGCUUGUGCCGUCACAGGGGAUUGAGGCUGAGAAGGCGAGGGAAGCCGUGGAGGUGUUGGUUAGGCUCCUUGGGAGGGAGAAGGAAGGGCUUGGUGUGGCCACUGUGAGGGCUGGAGUUAAGUGCUUGGGGGCUUUGGUGGGUUUUUGUAAUUUGGAGGAUUGGGUUUCUGUGAAAUUGGGAUUUGAAACGUUGCUUAAAUUCUCCGUUGACAAACGCCCUAAGGUACGAAGAUGUUCGCAAGAAUGUCUUGAGAAGGUUUUUAAGUCAAUACAUAGCUCCACUGUUAUCAAGGAAGCGAGCAAAUUGGUGAUGUCUAUGCUAAAAUCUUACAUGCCUUUGGCGGUUGAAUUAAGUAACUUAAGGGGCUCUGAUGGAUCUAAAGAUGAUCUGUUGUCAGAACCUAAAAAUGUGGAGGUUCUCCACAUGCUAAAUAUGUUGAAGCUUAUUGUACCUUUUCUUUCCAUGAAAACAAGGUCAAAAGUUCUUUCUGAUGUAGAGAAACUCAUGAAAUGUCAGUUCUCACUGCUCACAAGGCACAUUCUUAAAACCAUUGAAACAUGUUUUGACACUGUAAAAGCUGAUGUUAUUGCACCUAGCACUGAGGAUGUUGUGGUUUCUCUUUCAUCAUAUAUCUCUUUAGGAGAGAAGAAUCCUGCGGAUACCGUUAAGUCUGCUGUAACCUUGUUGAAACGUUCUCUCGACAUACUUCGUACUGGAGAAGCAAGCUCAUAUAUUAAGUGUCUUUCGCUAGUUUGUGAAUCUGUUGCAGCACUUCUGAAUUCUGAAGAUUCAAUUGCAUCACAUGCUGCACUCAUAUUGAAAGAGGUAAUAAGUCAUCUUGUGGACCAAACAAGUCAGUUGGUUGAUGAUACUCAAUCAUUUCAAGAUGAUGGAAACGAGAACAUUGAAGCAGCUGCAAUAAAAUCCACUUGUGCUAUCUUGGAAAGUUCUCUUAUGACUUGUGAGGAACAACCUAAUGAGCAUAUUUUGGCUGUUAUAUCUGCAUUGUUCCUUAAACUUGGAGGGAUCUCAUGUAACUAUAUGAAAAAUAUUCUGCUCAAACUCGCUGACAUGAUGACCCUUGCUAGUGGGGGUAAAUUCAACACUGUUCAUAUUCAGAGCUGUAUUGGAUCUGCUGUAAUUGCUAUGGGACCUGAGAAAAUAUUAUCAUAUGUGCCUAUAUCCGUUAACACUGAUGAUUUCACCUGUUCAAAUGUUUGGUUGGUGCCCAUUCUGAAAAAAUAUAUUGUUGGAGCGUCAUUGGAGUAUUACAUAGAUCGUGUCAUUCCUCUUGCAAAAUCCUUUCAGCAAGCCAGUCGUAAAGCUGAAGACACAACAAUUGGUCAGAAUUUACAAUCUCGUGCUUAUGACCUGUGGGGAUUGCUCCCUUCUUUUUGUCAGCAUCCAACUGAUUUUUGCCAAAAUGUUGGACCUCUGGCUCAAGUUUUAAUUAAGUUUCUCAAAAAGAAUUCGCAUAUGCAUGAAAACGUUGCUGUUGCAUUACAGGUUAUAGUUAAUCAGAACAAAAAUGCACUCAGCCAAAAAGUUGAAGCUGAUGUGUCAGAGUCAUGUGUGUCAUUAGAAUCUGUUUCAAAGCUCAGCUGUCCACCAACUUAUUCAAAGAAAGUUGCAACAAAAAAUUUGAAGACUUUAGCAUCAUAUUCCAACAAGUUGGUUCGGGCUUUAACAGACCAGUUUCUUGAGUCACCUCCUGAGAAGCGUUCAUUUUUGAAGGACGCUAUUGGAUGCUUGACCUCUAUUACUGAUCCUUCUGUAACCAAAAAGAUUUUCAAGUCAUUCCUUGAGCAGUUUGGGUUCAUUGAUGAAAGUGGCGAGUUUGGAAAACCAGUGUCGGAGAAUGAAAGCAAACUGGCUGACAAAGAACCAGGGAAUACAAACGCCAUGGAGAAAGAUGCUCAAAGAUGUUUUAUUCUAGAGCUUGCAUCUUGUUUUGUUGAAGGAGCCCAAGAGGACCUUAUUGAUUUAAUCUAUAACUUUAUUAAGAGCAGCUUUCAGGUCAUCAGUGACAUUGGUCAUCAUCAAGCCUAUCACACUCUGAGCAGAAUUUUGCGGGAGCAUGCUUGGUUUUGUUCAUCUCGAUUUUCUGAGCUGAUUGAUUUCUUACUAGGCUUUAAAUCUCCAACUGAUGUUGCUACUCUAAGGAGUCGCUUUGCUUGUUUUCAUCCUUUAAUGGUUUACACAUUGAAGGUAGACUCGGAGGAAGAAAAUGCAAAGGCUUUUCUCAUUGUCAAUGAGAUUAUAAUUACACUAAAGGAUGCCAAGGAAGAAGAUGUAAGGAAAGCAGGCUAUGAUGUACUACUUGAGAUAGGUUCCACCUUGAGAGACAUGGCAUCUCUCUCUUCUGAAUCUUCUGAUACGCCUUACCAGAAACUAAUUAACAUGGUAAUGGGCUAUCUUUCCGGUACAUCUCCGCAUGUAAAGAGUGGAGCUGUGUCGGUGCUAUCAAUGCUGAUAUACAAGGAUACGGAUAUUUACCGUUCAAUGCCAGAUCUUAUCCCCUCUAUUUUAACUUUGCUGCAGGGAAAAUCUGUCGAAGUUGUAAAAGCUGUUCUGGGUUUUGUGAAAGUAUUGGUUUCUUGCUUAGAGGGUAGGGAUUUGCAGCAUCUUCUUCCUGAUAUUCUCAAAGAAAUUCUACUAUGGUCUGCUGUUUCAAGAAACCAUUUCAGAUCGAAGGUUACUGUCAUAAUAGAGAUUAUGAUCCGGAAGUGUGGGUUUAAUUCAGUUACAUCAGCUGCUCCGGAUAGAUAUAGACGCUUUCUGAAGAAUGUAAUGGAGAAUCGCCAUGCCAAGACAAAUCCCAAAGAUGAUGCCGAACCCAUCACUGAUAAAGAAACACAACAUUCUACCAAGAGGCAUGAGAAGAAGGGUCAGAACGAGUUGGAUACAGAACCUAGGAACCAAUCGGCACAUGGAAAGAGAAGGGAAAAUAAAGAUGGCCCUAGCACGAAUGGAAAAUCAAUGAGAGGUCGAUUUGAUAGAAGUAAUAAAUUUAGUAAAGGAAAAUUUGAUCAGAAGAGAAAAUUCGAUCAAGGGCGGCCUCCAAGUGGUCAGAAGAGAAAGUUUGAUCAAGGGCCUCAAAGUGGUCAAAAGAGAAAAUUUGAUCAAGGAACACAAAGAGGUCAGAAGAGAAAAUUUGAAGGGCCUCCAAGUGGCCAAAAGAGAAAUACGAACAUGGGAAAGAAUGGAGGUUUUAAAAAAGCCUCUCCUGGUUCCAUGGCCAAACGCGGUAAGUUUGUGAAAAAUGGAGAUAGAAAAGAAGUAUAGAAGAGUUUUAUACAAAAAGCGACAUUGUUUGUUUGGCAAGCUAAUCCUGGUUCGUUCUGUUAUGAUCUCGACUGAUCGGUAAGUAAGACUUGUGUUUCUGCUCAAUAUUUUUAUUAGCAAAAAGAGUGGAGCAUAGAUUAGAGGAGUUGAUAAAGUUGGUUGUUGCAGGAGUCAUAAUCUACUUCACCAUUUGUGUAUGGAGGAGGAGCUUAUGAAGCAAGUUACUUAGUCCUGUUCAUUGUUAACAUAUCAGCUAGGAAUGGCUAUUAAGGCCAAAUGCAAAUUUUGACCCCAUUUAGAGCCUGUUUUUGUAUUUUAUUUUUUAUUGGCAUUGUAAUCCUUUUUAAUGUGGCACGGUUUUUAGUGGAAAUUUUGAUUAAAAUCCAGAAAAAAAAAACUAUAUAUUUUCUAAAUAAGUGUUAGAUUAUCUAUACUGAAAAUAAACAGUAUUAAUAAUGGUAUAUUUGGCAAUUGGCAUAGAUUCAUAUUUAUUUUUUGACAAAAA